UCCCAUUAUCCUUUGCGCCGUCUUACCGCUUACUCACAGAAACAAGAAGGUCGAACACACCGCUUCGUAGCUCUGUUGUUGAGAAGAAAAGAGACUAAAAUCAUGCUGGGACAGGCUGUGAGGCGAUUCACGACGUCUGCUGUUCGUUCUUCACACUAUGCUGAAGGACCAGGGAAGAACCUGCCAUUCUCUGUGGACAACAAAUGGCGUCUGCUGGGCAUGAUGGUUGUGUUCUUUGGCAGUGGCUUUGCAUUCCCCUUCAUCGUCGUCAGACAUCAGAUCCUGAAGAAGUAAAAUGAGCCAGUGCUGUUAUUCAACCUCCAAGGUCAUCAGCCAGAACAUAUUUAUCCAUCAGAGUUCUAUCCCCGCCGAAGAAUGGAAAUCUCUUAAUUGUCUUUGUAAAUAAAGUUUCCUCAAAUAUGAA